AUUCUUUACUAGAAAAGUCAUUUGAGGCAUAACUUGCAAUUUAAAAUAAGUUUAGCUAUUGUCCCAUUGAAUGUGCAUAUUAAACGGCACAAAUUGGUGUUAAUUGUGUUACAACGAAAAUAAAUCGACAAGUUCGGUAAAACCGUGAGAAAUUAGCAUUUUAUGCGAACGCCUGGUCGGUCUUGGGGCUCAUUAGAAUAAAGUCUAGCCAUUGAACCGGGAGAUAAACAAUAUAAAAAAAAACAAGUACAAAGACUUAAAGUGAACAAGGCAGUGCAAUUAAAAAGCAAUCGGCGAUAAAACGUUAAUUGCAGAACAAACUAGUCAAGUGUGUGUAUAGUUUGAAGCCUCAUUAAAAUAAAAGGAAAUUCAAGAUGACCGUUCAAAGCAAGUUGUUGGAUCCGCUUUGUAUAACCUGCAAGGACUUUCAACAUCCCUGGACGGACAAAUGUGCCAACGCGACGGCGGGCAUAUUGCUCUCUUCCACGCCCUAUUGUCUGCGCGUCUAUACAGUUGUCUAUGCUCUGUCCCUCCUCAUGCGCCAUCGCAUACCGACUCUGACGGAUCUGAGGCGCACCUUACUGGGCAUUAUACAGUCGACUGCAUUUCUAGUGACCAAUGCUUACACCUUUAUACUGUAUAACUGCCUGCUUCGGAAUGUAUUCGGACGCUAUUACUUCUCCACCGUGGCAUUCGUGCCUUGCUUCAUGGCCUCCUUCUCGGCAAUUCUAGUGGAGCGUCCGGCACGUCGUCCAUUGCUCACAUUAUACGUGGCCAAUGUAGCCACAGAGACACUAUGGCGCAUGGGAGAAUCACGCGGCUGGCUGCGUUCCCUGCCACAUGGGCAGACGAUUAUUUUUGGACUUAGCAUAUCGGCGUUGCUGUAUCUGAACCGCUUGGGCCUGCAAAAAACCAUCGCGAAGGACUCCAUCUUCAACAUACUGCGCAUAUUUGUGGGCAAGGAGGAGGCAGGUCCUGUGAUCAAACCCGAGCCUGUUGUGGGCGGCGACCAGCCAGAACCUUCCCGACGUCGUCCUACCGUUAGCUUCUCCACUGUUGCGGACUGGGUGCGCGUUUAUAGCAAUUUGAUUCGAGGGCGUCAUUCCAGUUGCCAACAUAAACAAAGCUGCGCAACGUAUGCCGUGCUUGGAGGUCUGAAGCCCUUCGUAGGCGGUGUAGCGCUGCAAGUAGCCUUGAAGUUGGUCAUGAACAUCAAGAAGGUGACACAGGGCCAGAUGCAAUGGCGCAAGCAUAUCUUCAAUAACAACACAUUGCACCUGGGCUUCUUUAUGGGCAGCUUCUCGUUCCUCUACAAGUCUAUUUCAUGUUUGCUGCGACACAGCUUCAACCGGGAUGAUGCCCUUUUUGCUAUUCCUGCCGGUCUCAUUGCCUCACUAGCAUUUACCCAAUAUCCGGAUAACACUGUGGCGCUAUAUGUAAUGUGGAAAGCCCUACAGAUACUAUACAACAUUGGACAAUCCAAAGGCGUACUACCACACGUGCCAAACUUUAUGCUAUUUCUUUACUCCUUUUUCACGGCUGUGCUGUUCCAUGCCGGCAUUUUGGAGCCAAAGAACUUGCGUCCCAGUUAUUUCAAAUUUUUGCAGGCCAUAUCAGGCGAAAGACUAAGCAAGUUCAACUUGAGUGCCUUCGACACCUUUGGCUUGAACACUCAGCAGCAGGCGUGGGACACUAUUAAAGCCCUAAAUAUUGUCAACAAAGUAGAACUGCCUGUAUUUUCGUUUGCAUCAUGAAGCGAAUCCUAAAUAGAAUUUAAAUAAACAAGCUCAUUACAUUUCUUUAA